UAUAUGGCAGCCGGGGAGGGCGUGAAGGAGGCGUUGUUUGUGCGUGGCGUUCUGUCGUUCAUAGCGCCCGAGACGAGUGGGGCAAAGAUCAAAGUCCUUGAGGACAACAAGGGGGCUCCCGCCUUAAUCGAGAACCCGUUCAGCUCAGCGAGGAGCAAGCACAUCGACGUGCGGUUCCAUUUCAUUCGCGAGCUAUUCAAGUCGGGCAAGAUCACUGAAGAGUAUGUUCCGACUGGAGAGCAGCACGCCGACAUGCUGACCAAGGUCCUUGGCAGAGAGAAGUUAGAGUACCACCGGAAGGCUCUGAUGAACCUACCGAUGUAG